AAACGGACCCACAACGCGCAGCGGCAAACAAGGACCUGGCCCACUCUCCUCCAGUUCCUCCCUUCGAGUAUCGCUCGCGCUCUCCAGUCGACCGUGGAAAGGUGGAGUGAGAUGCACCCACAGCGCCCGCUGCCCCAGGCCAUGCCCUCCUCACUGGGCCAAAACCUGAGAGAUGCAGCUCUGAGGAUGGGCCAUGGCAAGAAAUUGCUGGGAGGGAAUAUGGCUUAUGGAGUUAUCCAGUCUCUUAAAGAGUGCCUCUACUUCCUGCUCUGCUGCUGGUGCAUCAAAGAGAUCCUGGACUAAGAGAAAGAGCCUUUGAGCAGGUGGAUGAUUGAUUGAUCACAGAUGUGUUGAUGCUUUGGCCUGAAUCCAGAUCUCUUCACACACAGGCAUAAACACUCAUGCCUCACAAGUCACAACUAUUAGCACUUUAAAGCAGCGCAUCACAUAGGCGUUGUAUAAGGCAUAUAGAUCACAUCCCUGUCAACAUGCUGGUGGUAUUCAAACAUGUUUUAACUGACACCGUUUGAGAAAAUUGUGCAAUAAAUAAAAAAGAA